CAGAUUCCAGUUUCUACCCUUCAGAGUCCCUAAUUUCAUUUUUGGGGUUAUCCGUUAUCAUUUACCAAAACCCCUCAUCCACACCAAUCAGUCCUGACCUUGCGCUUUCCCUUGUCAUGGCCGGAAGGAAGAGACGGCGCUUGAGAUCAUUAGUGGAGACAGCCACCGUGGAAAGAGCAGGAGUUGGGGGAGUUCACGAGAAUGAACACUCUUUGCAACACGUGGGGUUUGAACUUCCAAGAGAGCUUCUGGAAAUAAUUAUCGGUCACUUGAACUUGGCGGAUAACGUCCGUGCUUCUGCUGUUUGCAAACUAUGGCAUUCUGUGGCCCACUCUGUCCGGGUUUCCAACAGACCCCCUUGGCUUAUGUUUCUCCCAAAGUUUGGUGACUUGGUAGAAUUCUAUGACCCUUCAUUGCGCAAGACUUAUGCUGUUGAGUUGCCUGAGCUGCGUUCCUCAAGGCUUUGCUACACCAAGGAGGGAUGGUUGCUACUGUACAAGCCCAGAACGCAACAUGUUCUUUUCUUCAAUCCUUACUCUCGACAGUUAAUCAGCUUACCCAAAUUAGAUAUGGCAUAUCAAAUUGUUGCAUUCUCUGCUGCUCCUACGUCUCCCAAGUGCAUUGUAUUUACUGUUAAGCAUAUCAGCCCCACUUUGGUUGCUAUUAGCACCUGUUUCCCUGGAGCAACUGAAUGGACAACUGAGCAUUACCAGAACCGCCUGCCGUUUGUGAGCAGUAUAUGGAAUAAAUUGGUUUUCUGCAAUGGUCUGUUCUAUUGUCUGAGUUUGACAGGAUGGCUAGGGGUUUAUAACCCAGAUGAGCAUUCUUGGGUUGUUCGAGUUGUUCCUCCGCCGAGAUGCCCGGAGAAUUUCUUUGUCAAGAACUGGUGGAAGGGGAAAUUCAUGGCUGAACAUGACGGGGACAUUUAUGUCAUAUAUACUUGCUCUAGUGCCAACCCGGUGAUAUACAAGUUAGACCAAGUUAAUAGAGUGUGGGUAGGGGUGCAAACACUUAAUGGUUUGACACUGUUUGCAAGUUUCUUGUCAUCCCAAGCAAGGUCAGAUAUCCUUGGGUUGAUGCGGAAUAGCGUUUACUUCUCUAAAGUUCGUUUCUAUGGGCGGCGAUGCAUAUCGUUCUCUCUGGACCACGACAGGUACUAUCCCCGAAAACAGUGCCAUGAUUGGGGGGAACAAGAUCCAUUUGAGAGCAUCUGGAUUGAACCACCCGAAGACCUUUCAGCCUUUGAUUGAGCAACUUGUUGGCACAGGUACCGACGUAUUUAUGUGAUGCUUGAUAAUUAUGAAGGGCUUUCUUUUCCACAUGCAUUUCUACGUCAACAUUCCACACUCAAGGACUCUGCAUUCUCACGGAAAUCAAACAGGAAAGCGGAGAUGUAAUUGGCAUGAAUGAAGGUGUUCUUGAGAUAUUCAAUGCAGCGAAGAACAUGGGCUUGAAACCUGGUUGCAGGCCUGUACUCUAAUUUGGUUUGCCGUUUUUGCCUCUUUCAACCAGCACGUAGAGGUAAUAUCUUCUUCUUAUAGCUUUAAAACUUGUACCGUGUUAAUGUACUCUACUUGAGCUUCUUCUUCUUCUUUUAUAUUUCAUGGACUUCUGAUUAAUAAGAAAUUUGAUAUAUUUUCCCCUGUUAAUAUGUUAAGUUCCUGUCUAUUGUCAAAUCUGCAAUCCGAAUCCUUUACGAACUUGUAAUAUGU